CGCAGUAACACAAUGGCUUUGGAGCGUCAAGUUCGUGCUAAGAUCGCUGGCAAGCGUGACCUGGAGAAGGAUAAGGAAGCUCAGUACUGGAUCGAGGAGGUGCUCGGUGAGAAGUUCCCGGCCGGUGUCCUGUACGAGGACGCCCUCCGCGAUGGGCUGAUCCUGUGCAAACUGAUCAACAAGCUGGAACCGGGCGCGGUGUCGAAGAUCAACACAUCGGGCGGACAGUUCAAGAUGAUGGAGAACAUCAACCUGUUCCAGCAGGCGAUCAAGAAGUACGGCGUGCCCGAUCUGGACGUGUUCCAAACGGUGGACUUGUACGAGAAGAAGGACAUCGCGCAGGUUACCAGCACAAUCUUCGCCCUGGGACGAGCAUGCUACAAGCAUCCACAGUUCCAGGGACCAUUCCUCGGACCAAAGCCGGCGGACGAGUGCAAGCGCAACUUCACGGACGAGCAGCUGAACGCGGGGCAGGCCAUCAUCGGGUUGCAGGCGGGCACGAACAAGGGUGCGACCCAGGCUGGUCAGAACAUUGGCGCCGGUCGUAAAAUUAUUCUCGGCAAGUAA